CAUGCUCUAUCCACUGAGCCAAACCAGCCAGGGCAGGACAUUCUUUUUUUUUUUAAUGUGUGAUAUAUAUACGCCCCCCAAAGGGGGCUUGUGCCCUGACAGGGAUUUGAACCUUGACCUCCUGGUUCAUAGGUCAAUGCUCAACCACUGAGCCAAGCUGGCCGGGCUGGACAGGACAUUUUGACCAGUCGAGCCCCUGAGCAGGUGCACUUCCUCCCUAGGGAGGGAGCAGCAGGAGGUGCCCUGGGAGGGAGGUGGGACCAGGCCCCAUAGGAUGGGGGGUUGUCCUUCUUUUCAGUAACGCGGUUUCCCGGCUGCCUGAUCUGUUCACAUUGGUUCUCACAUCAGACGCUCCUGGGUUGGGUUUCUGGUUCACCACCUCAUUGCAACCUGACCAACGGGUGUGGAAGUUUUCUUUCUUUUUUUAAAAAAAUUUUUAUUUAUUGUUUGAUUUUAGAGAUAGAGGCAGGGAGAGAGAGUGAAAGAGAAACAUGAAUUUGUUGUUCCAUGUAUUUAUGCAUUCAUUGGUUGACUGUUGUACGUGCCCUGACCGGGGAUCGAACCCCAACCUUGGCGUGUCAGGACGACACUAACCCAGCUACCCAGCUAGGGCUGAGGUGUGGACGUUUUCUGACAAACCUGGAGCCAAUAGGGAGCAUUUAGGGCAGAAAAUGACACUUUCAGGACUUCUGUUGCUGUAGGGAAAUGGCAUAUGGUCCAAAACACAACGAAACAAGAAGCAGACCAGCAGCUUCCUCCCUCCAGGGGCCAGCAUGUCACCCCGUGGGAACCGCGGUUUUCUGUUUGGGAAGCUGUAGUACAUGUUUUCCUCGCAGGCCCUGCGAUAGUUAGAAUUGUGUGGGUGACAAUGCUUCCCAGGGUGUAAAGGGCUCAAUGCUGCUAUUUCUUUCCUAUAAGGGCUGGGCUUCUUAAGGUGAAUUAAAUGUUGAGAAAAUCGUGAUAGGAUGCUCACCAAAAUGUACCCUCUGAGCCUUUUUGAAGGAUACAGUUCGGCGGCAUUGCGUCCAUUCACACUGUGCAGCCAUCACCACCAUCCAUCCGCAGAACUGUUUUGUUUUGCAAAACUGGAAAUCUGUCCCCAUGGAACACUCCAGGUCUCCUCCCCUCCCAGCCCCUGACAACUUCCUGUCUGUGAACUUGUCUACCCCGGUACCUCAUAGGUGGAGUCAUAGAGCAUUUGUCUUUUGUGAUGACAUUACAGGGUGAAGCAACACCUCCUUCCAGCUGGACACAGACUGGUGAGCUGAAGGGGAAACUCUGAGAUCCCACUGCUGACACCAUGACCUCAGAAGCUGACGGGAUCUGCCCAGAGGACGAAGACUUUGUUGAUGCGGUUGAGUAUUUAAUGGACCCAAGGGACAAAGAGAAACUGCAGCGCCUGCUGAGUGAUGAAUCCUGGAAGAGAUUUGUGGCUUCAGCCGAGCUGUCCUGGGGUGAGGCAGAUGCACUCUAUGCAGACUUGCGCCAGCUGGAAGCACUCAUGGCCGAGGAGGACAAAGACAUGCCCUCAGCAGACCAGCUGCAUCGGGAGAGCUUUAUGAAGGAGUUUCCUCAGGUGAAACAGGACCUUGAGGAACGCAUACGAAAGCUCUACGCACUUGCGGAUGAGGUGGACAAGGUGCACAGGGACUGCACCAUCUCCAAAGUGGCGGCCUCUUCCACCGGUGUUGUGUCUGGCAUCCUGACCAUCGUUGGCCUGUCUCUGGCACCUGUGACAGCAGGGGCUAGUCUGGUGCUUGCGGCAACUGGGGCGGGACUGGGGACAGCAGCUGCUGUGACCGGUGUGACCACUGGCAUCGUGGAGUAUUCAAAGAACAAGUCAGCAAAAGCCGAAGCCAGGCGCCUAGUGCCAACUGGCAGUGACACAGAGAAGGUGGUCGAGAAGGUUGUAAGUCGCAGCACACCCAAAAUUGCUUCCUUUGCAGUGAAUUGCUACCAAUCCGUGAAAAAUAUUGUGAAGAAUGCCCGUGCCUUCAAUCUGGCCAAAUCCAAUCCUCUCUUAGCAGCUGAGGCCAGGAGCUUCAUGAGCACGGGGGCAAUGUCAGCCCAAGGUGGCAAUCAGCUGCAGAAAGCUUUUGAGGGCACUGUUCUGGCCAUGAGCAAAGGAGCCAGGGUCUUUGGUUUUGCCGCUGCAGGUUUUUUCCUUCUCAUGGAUGUAGUGAACAUAGUGCGAGAGUCAGUGCACUUACAUAAGGGCGCAAAGGGUCACUCAGCUGAAGAGUUGAGGCAGCAGGCCCAGGAGCUGGAGUGGAGGUUGGAAGAACUCACCCGCAUUCACGAAAGACUACAGAAUCCCUGACUUCAUGUUCCCCAGACAGAGCAGGGAGCAGGGAGCAGGGGUGUGUGGGAGACAAAGGCAUGGACUUACCUUGUUAGGAAGCAUAGUAACCUCCCUCUUGGGUAAAAACUGCCCUUUAAAAUUUUAACCCUGCUAUUCUGGCUUCUGUAAACGUUUGCGUGCUUAAAUAACAGGGAAAAAUAAGACUACUCCCAUUCCAGAGAGGCCAUAAGCUAUGCCCCAGACAGAGUUGUCAGUGCUGGCGCCAGGCCAGGCCUUGAGGUCUGGUCUCACGGCCCUGGCCCAGCACACAGGACUUUUUCUCAGAAGGUCCGGAAGUCUUGUUCCAAAUUCG